UACCCGGCGCUGUACGAAUAACAUUGCAGGCCCCACCUAACUUUACCACUCCUUCUUAUUGUAUUGGAGGAACUUAUCCUUGCGUUUUUUGGAGCGCAGAUGCAACAGGUGUUGCGUUUUUUACCACUAGAGUAAGCUCGAUAAAUUAUGCUCCACCACCAGGUUGUGACUUUUUAAAAGCUCAAUCACCAUCAGAUCCGUGUUUCUUUGAUCCAAAAGCUCCAAAUGUACGUAACACUACACUUGUACCAAUGUCUUUUAUCGGUGAUAUUGAAGAUUAUACUGUGAUGAUAGAGCAUUCAGUAAGAGGAAGGAUUACUUCCAUCGCAAUUCGUAAUGGUUUAUUGGAAGGUAAACUUAUGUCUCAUGAUGGUAAAGAAAUUAGGACCAUAACUAAUGCUACAAGAAUGGCUCUUAAUAAAAAUGCUGAUGGUGAUAUUUUUACUGUUAAAGAACUUCUUGAUGCUGCUGGUGCAAAUUUGGAUGCUAAAAAAGAUCAAGGAGAAGUUUACAGGACUUCUGGAAUAGUUAUCGUUAUUGUGAUCGAAUACAAAAAUAAUCGCGAAGACAUAACCUAUAAGUAUAUACCUCAAGUGAUUGACGGAAAUGAAUAUAAAACAGUUGAACGAAUUUAUAAUGGUACAAGUGGCUCAAUUACAUUAGUUGAUAGGCAUGGGUAA